CAAACACACAGACGCCUCUACCAGCAAAGACUUCGAAAAAUGGAUAUCUCACCUGAAGUCACUCAGCGCGAAGAAUACAAGAUAUUCUCGUCGCACAUAGCCAAUUCCGACAGCACCGAGACGACCUUGGAGCAGUUCUCAAAAUACACGAACUCAUCAUUGUCUAACGACAAACUCGAAACCCACCUGCGCGAAACAUGGAACAGCAUCCUCCAUAUCGCCUCUCAAAAGCCUCACUCUUCGGAACAACAAGACUCACUUGUCAAACUGCUCCAAGCACUGGUCACUCAAGCCGAUCCGCUCAAUGACAGUAACGGGAAGGCGGUCGAGAUUGAUGGCAGCAAAGUCUGGCAAGAUCUACCACUGUUUGGCCAGCAAGUCCGCGAAUGCUGGAACUUCCCUGACGACCAAGAGGUGAAUAAAAAGACUAGGGAUGCAUGGAUCAACGUCAAUGCCUUCAUUGCACGAUUGACCGCUACAGCCGUCAACGAGCAUGGCGGUGAAAGACAAGAAUACGGCGCUCUCGACUUCUCCCUCUACGGUAUCUGGAGUCUAAGAAGUGCACUCGAGGAAGAGCUGUCGAAUCUGCCUGGCAAGACCACUAUCGAUGCUUCGAUUGGCGCUGCUGCGGUGUGGAUUCUCUAUGCCGGCCCCGCAAUCAAGGGCCUCUCCGAGAGCGAGAAGAGCUUCAGCGGCAAGGUUGCCAAACCUGGUUUCAACUGCAAGGACAAGGAGUGGAGAGGCUACACCAAGGAUCGAUGGCAACUGUGGACUGAGAACCUCGCCCAGACCGAAGACAUGGUGCAAGACGGUGGCAUUAAGGAGCUCGUGAAGAAGGCGGUAGAGACCAUGAAGUCAUAGGUGCUCAAGACAAUCAAUCAUAGAAAACGCCUUCGAGUGCCACAACGAAGAUCAGGACCACGUAGAAAAUACCAUUCUCCAAUAGACCCUUCUGGCCUAGUCUAACGACCCUAACUUACAGUAGAACUGAUCCAGCU